AUGACGCGUAUUGGUAGUGCCUUUUUAAUGCGUCUAAGGUCUGUCCGACAUGAAAAUCAUUUGAAAGAAUCAAUCCCAUCCAAUUCGAAUUCUCAUGCUAAACUUGUCAAACCGCUUACAGGGAAUGUGGAGUCGAAGAAGUUACGACCGCAGCAGAGAAUCAAUUCACUGCGAUUGUUGUUUUUAGCAUUCUUCUUCUUAUUAGGAAUUCACAUUUUCGUUCAUUGGGCAGUUCCUUCUAAGCAUCGACAAUCACAGGAGAUUUUGCUAGGCUUGAUAAGGGUUUUCAUAGACGGAACCGUAUGGUUGAUUUCAACACUACUGUGUUUGUACCAUUUGUUAUGGGUUCCGUUAAAACACGCCCUUUCUAAAGUUCGAAACGGAAAGUUGUACCGUUGGGUGCUCAUUAUUACUGUCGGGAUUUCUGUUGGUUCGGUAAUGUUAGUACUGUCUUCCAUAUUUUUCUCAAUAUGGUCUAUGGACACGAUCUCGAGUCUGCGUUUAGGUAUCCUAGAAGCAUCGUGCGAUCCGUGCGAGGUGGAAGGUCUGAGGUUGAAUCCAGCACUCCGUAGGUCGUGGGUGUUGCCAGAUAUGAUACCUUGGAGACUGGUUGAGCGUUUUAGAGGCCGUCAGGGGUGCCAUCGUAAAAGGGGGUCUAAUAUCGGCUACAUUGAUGAGAUGACGGAAAUGCUAGUCGUAUCGUCGUUGUGCCGCGAUGGCAGCAAGCCAAGGGUCUUUUUGGAGUGUCCCGGGAACAGCGAGAUGAAUGGACAAGUGGACACAUCGAUGGAUGAGAUCGUUACCGGCGACAAGAAGUAUCAUGCCGAGCUAGAGGCCAAAUACGGAACCCCAGAGAAGGCAGCGAGGGAGGGGGUGAUCGUGCACCGCAAUUCUAAGACCGGAUUUAUUUCUGCUGUGGAAAUCGCGCCGUCGAAGUUAACCCCAGUCAGGCGUGAGGCCCCACACCUAAGGGAGUUAGUUGUGCGUCUUCAAUGGCCGUCAAAGGAGGUGCUGGAGAUUCCCCUGGGGCGCUCAGCCGCAUACAUGGUACGCUGCCAAGAGAUGAAACACGAAGAGUUUUUUUUAUUUCCUGUGAAGAGUAAUGCGAAUGGAGAUUGGGGUGUUAACGAUACCAAUGAAGCCAACACAACACACGACCAGAAAUCUGUUGUCACCGAUAAGGUCACUGAAGAGUUUCAUGAGCCCGCUGGCAACGUUCUUAUUAUUUUGAUUGAUGCACUGAGUCGCCAAGGAGCACGCCGGUCGCUUCCACGCUUUGUGAAAUGGGUACGCAACUUCCAGAAACGCCGACUUAGCAGCGGCACUGAGUCACAUCGCGUGUUCGAACCUAAGGGAAUCAGCACCCUGGGCUUUAGCACCGCUGGGAACCUAUGCCCUUAUCUUACCGGGACUACCAUUGUGGGAAUGGGGUAUGACAGGGAGUUGAACAUUGAUAUGAUGAAUCGAACCAUUUUCAACAUCGCGAAGGGCAAAUACGGACCUGCAAUCAGCACCGCAUUCACGGUGGGGUCGUGUCACGACUUCUUUGAGGCCCUCGUUGGUAACCGGGAGGCCAGCAGUGGGUCUGGUGGGCCGCUUCAGGGGGUAGAUUACUAUCUCUACCAGCCCCUGUGUCAUUUGGAGUACUCCGGGCUACACAGCAACUUCGAGGGCCCCUAUAGCAUUUUCCGACGCUGCAUCGACGGCCGUCAAGUACACGAGCAUGUUUUGGAUUACACGAAGUACCUGCUACGGCGCCAGAUCCGUCAGAGGGCGGACGCGACGAGGUGUGAAGAUGGAAUGGACUCGCACGAUAGGCCUUGUAACGCAAGCCUGAAGAAGGGGAAGUACUUUUUUGACCUCUCGUACUUUUUGGAGGCGCAUGAGGGAUCGCACGGUGUAAUCAGGCUGGUUGAUGAUGCUCUGGUUGAUUUUAUGCGUCACCUUGAGGAGGAUCUACGCUUCUUUGACGAUCCGCUCAACACUUUCAUCUUUGCUGGUGACCACGGGAAUCACAUGGGGCCAUACUUUGAAUAUACUAACGCUGGCCAAUUCGAACGCACGACGCCUGCAAUGCUGUACAUUAUGCACCCCGAAGUCAUGCGGCGCGUGGAUCUGCGCAAGGGACGUUCCGCAGGUGAAUCCAUGAAAAAUUUCGACGAUCGAAUGAACCGUUUGAGCACACCGUUAGAUUUUUAUAUGACAUUGGGUGAUCUUACCGGUGUUUCUGUGAGGCCGUAUGAGGAAUACAUGAAGGUGAAGGUUCCGCCAGCCUCGCUGUUUGACACGCGCGUUGAACCGUCAAUGCAAGGCUGUUAUGACUUUUUGACCGACCUACAUACCUCCCUUUGCUCUCUCAGCUUUUGUAUCCCUAGGGAUGGGUCUUAG